GCUUAUCUAAGCCUUUCGCUAUAUUUCGCCCCACCACCUCGAACGCCUUCUGUCGCAGGCAUCCAUCCAGACUAUCCCUUCUUCAUUCCGAUAUUCAACCUUUGGCACCUACUUAUUCAGUCUCGACUAUCACAGAUGAGCUCUUGAGGGUCAUUCUCGAACUGUUCACUUGAACAGCCGGAACCACUCCAGCCCUCAUUCUGACUGCCGCAACAAUGCCGCCAAAGAGAAAGGCAGCAGCCGCGACUCAAGGCCCGUCCAAGGCAGGCAGAGCCUCCCAGCUCUCGACUCCCGGCCCUGCAACUCCCCGUAGCCUGGCGAGUUCUGACCGAAUUUCGGAUGCCGACGAUGAUUUCGACGAAGACAUCACAGAGGCCCAGCAGGAACGGGAGAAUGAGCUGGAUAGGGAGGCUGAUAAGUUCGUGAGCUCGUGGGCUGUCUCGAGUAGUCGGUUUCAAAACCGAGCGAAAGGUAGCCAUCAGGAUGCAGCAACGCGGUACUUCGGGAAGAGGGACUUCUCCUACCUACACCUGAAGCCAGAUCAUCAUAAUCGGCCCCUGUGGAUCGAUCCCGAGAAAGGAAUCAUUGUUCUGGAACGGUUUAGUCCGCUGGCGGAGCAGGCCACGGAUUUCCUGAUCACCAUAGCGGAACCAAACUCUCGGCCGACAUUCCUACACGAAUAUGCCUUGACAACUCACAGUCUCUACGCCGCCGUCUCCGUCGGGCUGCAUCCUCAAGACAUCAUCAACACGCUCGACCGUUUCCUCAAGACGCCUCUUCCAGACAGCAUUCGGGGGUUUAUCGAGUCCUGUACUCGAAGCUACGGGAAGGUGAAGCUGGUGUUGAAGAACAACAAAUACUUCGUCGAGAGUGUGGACGCGGACCUUCUGCAGAAAUUGUUGAAAGACGAGGUGAUUGGGAAGCUCCGCGUCCACGGGGCGGAUGAGAUCACCACCACAUACGCUCCAACGAUGGGUGGCCUUGUUAUUCCCGGCACGAAGAAUGCGGCGGGUGUCCAGCAGGCCAACGGCCUCCAGGCAGCAGAGAAGAAGUCAGGAGAGGAGGGCGAGAAUGGCAAAGAGGCCGAUCUCUACGUCUCUCUCAACGAGGAGGAUGACGAUGAUGAUAAGGAAGCCGUCCAUGCCUUCGAAAUCCCCGACAGCGCUGUCGAGAAAGUACAGAAGCGUUGUCUUGACCUAGCUUAUCCCAUUCUCGAAGAAUAUGACUUCCGAAAUGAUGACGCAAAUGCGAAUCUGGAAAUCGACUUGCGGCCCAAUACGCAAAUCCGACCGUACCAAGAAAAGAGCCUGAGCAAGAUGUUUGGCAAUGGUAGGGCAAAGAGUGGCAUUAUCGUCUUGCCUUGUGGUGCUGGGAAAACGUUGGUGGGCAUCACAGCUGCCUGCACAAUCAAGAAGGGCAUUAUCGUUCUUUGCACAAGCUCCAUGUCUGUGGUCCAAUGGCGACAAGAGUUCCUGAAAUGGUCGAACAUCAACCCUGAUGAUAUCGCAAUCUUCACGGCUGAGAGCAAGAGCAAGUUCUCAGGUAAUACCGGCAUCAUUGUCACGACAUACUCCAUGGUUACCAAUAACCGUGAGAGAUCCCAUGACUCGAAGAAGAUGAUGAACUUUCUUCAAGGCCGAGAAUGGGGCCUAAUGCUUCUGGAUGAGGUUCACGUUGUGCCGGCCGAAGUUUUCAGGAGAGUCAUCUCGUCAAUCAAAUCGCACUCAAAAUUAGGCCUUACAGCCACACUACUUCGAGAGGACGACAAGAUCUCCCAUCUCAACUUCCUCAUUGGCCCGAAGCUCUAUGAGGCAAACUGGAUGGAGUUAUCACAGCAGGGUCAUAUCGCCAGAGUUCAAUGUGCGGAAGUUUGGUGCCCUAUGCCAACCGAAUUCUAUGACGAGUACCUGCGAGCACCGGCUCGAUUGAGGCGGACCCUGUACGCCAUGAAUCCUCGCAAGUUCCAGGCUUGCCAGUACCUUAUCAACUAUCACGAAGCACGUGGCGACAAGAUCAUUGUCUUCUCCGAUGAGCUUUACUCGCUCAAGCAGUAUGCGCUCAAGCUUGGAAAGGUGUUUAUCUACGGUAGUACCGGGCAGGCGGAGAGGAUGAAGGUGUUGGAGAAUUUCCAACACAAUCCUAAUGUCAACACCCUGUUCCUCUCCAAGAUCGGUGACACGUCGCUUGACCUACCAGAAGCGACCUGUCUUAUCCAGAUCUCCUCCCACUUCGGUUCACGUCGUCAAGAGGCUCAGAGGCUGGGUCGUAUCCUUCGGGCGAAGCGGAGGAAUGACGAAGGAUUUAACGCAUUCUUUUACUCGCUCGUCUCAAAAGACACCCAGGAGAUGUACUAUUCGUCCAAGCGCCAGGCGUUCCUGGUGGACCAAGGAUAUGCAUUCAAGGUCAUCACAAAGUUGGCCAAUAUCGAUCAGACGCCAAACCUUGCCUUUGCCUCGGCGGCCGAGCGACGAGAGCUCCUUCAGAGGACGCUGAUCGAUAACGAGAAGGGGGCCGAAGAGGACGUCGAGAACGACGACCUCUUCGGCGCGAAGCAGGGCCGCGGCAAGAAGAAGGGCGGCGUUAGACGAACCGCUGGCACCCUCGGAGAGCUGAGCGGCGGCCAGGACAUGGCUUACAUUGAGCAGAACAAGGCCGCCAACAAGAAUUUGAAGAACAAGAAGGCCGAGCAGAGCACGUUCUUCAAAAAGAUUGCAAGGGAGAAGGAGAGACGAAGGCAGGCAAAUUAGUGGCGUUAACUUUCGGUUCGCAUUCUUUUCUUUGGUCUUGGUGAUAGAUGGGCGUUUCCCGG